AAAAAGAAAAAAAAAAAAACGUAGCUGUACGAAAGAUCUCCACUUGAUCAAUCUUGCGUUAUAAUCAUGCUUCGAUCAAAAGCUUUUGUCAAACGUAAUCGCAAAGGCAACGUUGUCAAGGUAGUGAAAGAACACUAUUUGAGGGAUGAUAUCCCCUGCUCCUCGGAAAUUUGUCGCGAAUGUGCCAAGAUCUCCCCACCAUUAUUAUCCAGCACUCCGAGUGGAACAAGUACAAUGAAGCCCCAUUAUCUCAUCCCAGACACCAAUGUCUUUAUCAAUCAACUCGAUCUCAUGGAACACCCUGCUUUCAAAGAUGUUAUUGUUUUACAAACUGUCAGAGAAGAGGUUCGUCAUUUGAGUAUUCCCGUUUAUAACCGAUUGAACGCAAUCCUUGCGGAUAAGACGAAGCGCUUCUAUUUGUUUGCAAAUGAACAUCAAAGAGACACAUUUGUUGAAAGGUUAAAAGAUGAAUCUCCCAACGAUAGAAACGAUAGGGCUAUUCGUGUGGCUGCAAAGUGGUAUGAUACCCAUUUGAAGGCGUGUGGAUCUGAAGCGAUGAUAGAUAUUAUUAUGCUGAGUGAUGAUAAAGCGAAUAAAGAGAAGGCUGGUGCUAUCGGUGUCAAAUGUUGCAACGUUUGGCAGUAUGUAGAAAGUAAGAAGGAUUCACCAGAAUUAUUAGACAUGGUAGCAGCUCCUAAGGCUGUUGCUGGUGAUGCUAUUGUAUAUGAAGAGCACUAUUCGCCAGCAAAAAUUAAGAAUGGUGUGCAAAAUGGAAAGUUGAUUCAAGGUUCUUUCCAAGUCAGCAUGCAUAAUGUCUAUGAGGGCACAAUUGUUGGAGAAGUUGAAGGGGAAAUGAAAACGAUCUAUAUUUUGGGUCGUAAAAAUUUCAAUAGAUGUAUUCAAGGUGAUAUUGUCGCCGUUGAACUCUUACCUAAAGAGAAAUGGAAACAUAGUGCUUCUAUUGCUAUUGAAGAAGAAGAUGAAGACGAAGAGAAAAUGUAUGGCGAAGAAGAAGUGGUAGAUAGAAUGGUUGAAAAUGACAGCCCUCCUGAACCUACAGGCAAAGUUGUUGGUAUCAUUCGGAAAAAAUGGAGACCAUAUUGCGGUUUCAUCGUUAAGAACAGUGUUCCGAAAGAUACACAAAGUGGUAACAUUACUGUACGCUUUCGUGCUAUGGAUAAACGAAUUCCACCCAUCAAGAUUAGAACAGCACAAGCUCAUGCAUUACUCGGAAAGCGUAUCAUUGUCUCCAUUGAUAGCUGGCCCGUUACUUCAGCCUUUCCCUUAGGCCAUUUUGUAAAGACACUGGGGUCCUCUGGCGACAGAGAAACUGAAACUGAAGUACUGUUAUUAGAGCAUAAUGUACCAUUUCAGGAGUUUUCCAAGAGAGUCCUUGAUGACUUGCCACCCGAGGGUGACAAAUGGAUUGUACUUGAUAAACAUAUCAAUAAUGAAAAGAGACGUGAUUUUAGAGACUUAGAUAUUUGCAGUAUUGAUCCUCCUGGAUGUACUGAUAUUGAUGAUGCCCUUCAUGCCCGUCAACUUCCUAAUGGCAAUUGGGAAGUCGGUGUUCAUAUCGCUGAUGUUACUUAUUUUGUCAAACAUGGUAUGCCCAUGGAUGUCGAAGCGGCCAGUCGCGGUACUUCGGUAUAUUUAGUUGAUAAACGUAUUGAUAUGUUGCCUGCUCUUCUCGGCACAAAUUUAUGUUCACUUAGAUCGAAUGUUGAUCGUUUAGCUUUUUCUUGCGUCUGGGAAAUGAAUGAUAAUGCAGAAAUUAUUAGCACUGAUUUCACAAAAAGUGUCAUCCGUUCAAAGCACUCGUUCACGUACGAUGAAGCGCAAAGUCGAAUUGAUGAUGAAAGAAUGCAAGAUUCUCUCACUCAAGGCAUCCGAGUGCUUAAUAAGUUUGCCAAGAUUCUUCGUCAACAACGUAUGGAUAACGGUGCUUUGACAUUGGCGUCACCCGAAGUGCGCUUUAAUCUUGAAAAUGACUCACAAGACCCAGUUGAUGUUGAAAUGAAAGAGUUGAAGGAAACAAAUGCUCUUGUUGAGGAAUUCAUGUUGCUCGCUAAUAUCUCAGUAGCCAAAAAGAUUUUCUCCAAAUUCCCCAGCUGUUCAAUGCUUCGUAAGCAUCCUGCACCUCCCACGAAUAAUUUUGACAUGCUUCGCAAAGUGCUAGCACAAAAAGGAGUUACCAUUAACACAGAGACCUCUAAAGCUUUAGCUGAUUCCUUAGACAAAGCAGUGAUACCCGGUGACCCAUAUUUUAACAAAUUAGUUCGUAUAAUGACAACCCGCUGUAUGAUGCAAGCCCAAUAUUUCUGUUCAGGAACAGAAACAGAGUCUGAAUUCAGACAUUAUGGUUUAGCCAGCCCGAUCUACACUCAUUUCACAUCACCUAUUCGUCGUUAUGCUGAUGUGGUUGUCCAUCGCUUAUUACAAGCAUGUAUAGACGAUGACAUUGAUUACGGACCAGAUUUAAUUGAUAGUCAAAAAAUGAAGGAACUCUGUGAUAAUUUGAAUUUCCGUAACAGAAUGGCACAGCAAGCUGGCCGUAGUUCUGUGGAGCUGUUUACCAACUUAUAUUUCAAGAAUAAGGUGGAGAUAGAAGAUGGUCGCGUGUUGCGUGUACUUAAGAACGGAAUCAUUGUUCUCGUUCCUAAAUACGGUAUUGAAACAGUCGUUUAUACUGCUAAAACUGGCAGCAAUUCGCCAUUAGUAUAUAAUGAAGAAGAUUGCAGUUUGGUUGCUGGUGACGUGGUCAUCAAAACUUUUGAUGCUGUUAAGGUUGAAAUUACUGUAGAAGGUGAUGAACAAGGGAUGCGUCAAAAAAUGAAUAUGAGGCUUGUAGAACCUUACAUUGAAGGUGUCAGUACAAAGCCCAGUGCCAGCAAAAGACCUAACGAAGAAGCAGUGGAACACAAUGUUGUAAAGAAAGCAAAGAAUUAAGGCAAACCCUUUUUCAUUAUAUUUGUACAUAACAAUACACUGUUUUUUGUAAACUUUCUUUAAUUAAACAGUAAUAAUCAAAACCUAA